AUGAAGUUCAUUAAACCUGCCUGGCUUACCCACAGUGGGGAACAAAAAGAUUUUGAAGUGUAUAGCUGUCAUGUCUCACCUGAUGGAAGCCGUCUUGCUACCGCUGCUGGAGAUGGUCACGUUCGGAUAUGGUCAAUUGAAGCAAUCCUACAGGCUGGUGAUCCAGAAUUCUUCAAGCCAAAACAACUAUGCCACAUGAGCUACCACUCUGGGACUAUUCACACCGUCCGAUUCUCCCCGAAUGAGCGAUGGCUAGCAUCUGGCGCUGAUGAUAAGAUCAUAUGCAUCUAUCACCUCGAAGCCAAUCCUCCUGCUCAUUCCGCGACACUUGGAACGAAUGAGCCCCCCCCGGCUGAGAACUGGAAGAUAACGAAGCGCUUGAUAGGUCACGAAAAUGACGUACAGGAUUUGGGCUGGUCCUACGAUUCGUCAAUUCUAGUUUCUGUAGGUCUAGACUCAAAGAUUGUUGUUUGGUCUGGGUCUACCUUUGAGAAGCUCAAAACCAUCUCAAUACAUCAAUCUCAUGUUAAAGGAAUAUCAUUUGAUCCGGCCAACAAGUAUUUUGCUACUGCUAGUGAUGAUAGGAGUAUCAAAAUUUUUAGAUUUACUCCACCUACGCCUGGCGCUACAGCUUACGACUCUCUUAAUAACUUUAUACUCGAGCACACUAUUGUUGCACCUUUCAUCUCUUCGCCUUUAACAACAUAUUUUCGAAGAUGUUCUUGGUCGCCAGAUGGAAACCAUAUAGCGGCGGCCAAUGCUGUCAAUGGACCAGUUAGCUCAGUUGCAAUAAUAAAUCGUGGUCAAUGGGAUAGCGAUAUAAAUUUAAUAGGACACGAGGGCCCGACUGAAGUCUGCACAUUUUCUCCCCGUCUCUUUAGUAAGCAUGAAAUAAGCUCUGAGACUACAGAUAACAGUGGUUACAGUACUCAAGCUCUGGUAACAGUAAUUGCAUGCGCCGGCCAGGAUAAAACAUUGAGUAUCUGGAACACUAGCUCUUCACGACCAGUAAUAGUAUGUCAGGAUCUAGCGGGAAAAUCAAUCUCAGACCUCGCAUGGACUCCAGAUGGACUUACAAUAUUUGCAUCUAGCUUGGAUGGGAGUAUAGUUGCUCUAGAAUUCGAAAAAGGUGAAUUGGGAUUUAUUGCGCCUUGGACAGAAAACGACAAAGCUCUACAGAAGUUCGGUGUCGGGCGACGGGGCGUUGGAGUUGUUGAAGAUGUAGCAGGUCUCCGCCUUGAAGAAAAAAGCAAAGCAGGUGAGCUAAAAGGUGCGGAAGGUAGGAUGGGAGCUCUAAUGGGCGACGCUAGCUCGGCCUCCUCAUCAGCUUUAAAUAACAACAAUGAAACAAAUACACCAAUGACUGGCUUGAUAUCUAACGCCCCUACCUCAGUUAAUGGCACUGCCCCUAAAGAGGUUGCUGGACCAACAACUCAAGAUCCAAACGCUGCAAAAUUGGAAGCCAUGAAGCAGAGAGUCACUAUAACGAAAGAGGGUAAGAAAAGAGUAGCACCACUGCUUGUAUCUUCCUCGGGGACUGGUCUCUCAUCUCUACCUCAGUCUCAACUUAUGGCAGCAAACCUGAAAAACUCUCAAGACGAUAACCCUAGAUCCAUUCUAGAUCUCUCGAAACCAUAUGAUGGUCUUCCAAGAGGUGGGUUGGCAGCCUUAUUAUUAGGUAAUAAACGAAAAGCUGUAACCCUUGAGGAUCAAGAAGAGGAAGAACUUAUUAGUAAACAACCGACCCUAUCAUCUGGGCCGGUAGCAAUAUUAACCAAUGGAGUCAAUGGUGCAGAGCCAGCUGUCCCAGUGCCACCAAUCACUGGUAUUGAAGUAACACCUGAAUUUAUUCGACCGGCAGUUAUCAAUCCAGUGCUUUCUGUCAGUCAAACUCGCCUAGCCGUACCUAAAAUUAGAAGUCAUAUCCUUCGAUCUCUAGAUCGGGGUACUAUGCCUCCAUCAAAAUCAAGUGAAAAUGGAACCAAUGGCGCAAGCGGUAUAGACGAGUCAGCAAAAGUCAGUGAGGACAUCAUAUUUGAGGCCCAAAACCCGGCGACAAUGCCCAGCCAAGUAAGGGAUCCGUCCCGCAUCACAGCUACCAAAAGAGGGACUUUACUUUGGCAGGACUUCUUACCAAGAGCUAUUGUUAUCGUUACCGGGAACAAAUUUUUUUGGGCGGCAGCUUGUGAAGACGGUAGUGUGUAUACUUGGACUCCCGCUGGUAGGAGGAUUUUAAAUGGUCUAAUUUUAGAGGCUCAGCCAGUUAUAUUGGAAUGUCGCGGCUACUGGUUACUCGCGAUUACAGCUGUAGGAAUGUGCUAUGUAUGGAAUCUGAAAACAGUUUCUUCACCACACCCUCCCAUUUCUCUCGCUCCUAUCCUUGAGAUUGCAAUGCACACGCUGGGAACUCAUACGACAAGUGCACCUGGGGUGACUUCGGCCCAUUUGAACUCGAACGGUAACAUUAUUGUCACCCUAAGUAACGGCGACGGGUUCCUUUAUUCCCCAACGCUCUAUGUCUGGCAAAAAUUAUCAGAAGCUUGGUGGGCAGUUGGCAGUCAGUACUGGAACACCAAUGAUUCAUCGAUUAGCAGUCUUAGCUCUAAGGCGGUCGGGCCAGAGUCUCGCCUCAACGGCGAAGUAAAUUCCUCUAAAAUUUCAGCGGGAAUUAUCCCACAUUUAGAGCGGCACACUACCAGUGAAGUCUUGCUCAAGGGCCGAGCUUAUAACUUACAAAGACUAAUAAAGUCGCUGCUCGCGAAAGAAGGGUUUGAAGGGUUUGAAUCUGGAGUAAGUAUUGCUCAUUUAGAAAAUCGCGUUGCCGCAACUCUCCAAUUGAACGCCAAGGAUGAGUUUAGGAUAUAUCUUUUCAUGUAUGCAAAGCGUCUUGGCGCAGAAGGGCUCAAGAAUAAGAUUGAGGAAUUGUUGCGUACAAUCAUGGGAGGUAUGUUACAGGAGACACCUGUAAUAGGUAAUUAUGACCAGGGACGUGGUUGGAUGAGCGAAGACGGUCUCUUAUGUGGUUGGGAUCGAAAAGAAAUCCUCAAAGAAGUUGUAUUAAUACUUGGGCGCUUUCGAGAUCUGCAAAGGCUGACAGUGCAGUAUGCAAGGGUUCUUGGCUUAGAUAAUGAAGAGAUGAGCACAUAA